AUGGCUAGUAUUAGUGAGGUAAAGAGCGAGAACGGUGUUGGACAGGGCAGCAGCAGUUCUGCGAACGGUGCUAGUCGGACUGCGGCGCACACGCACAUCAAGGGUCUUGGGCUGGACGAUGCUGGGGUGGCGAAGCGUAUAGAGGGCGGGUUUGUGGGCCAAGUGGAGGCGCGGGAGGCGUGCGGUGUUGUGGUGGAUCUCAUCAAGGCGAAGAAGAUGUCCGGGCGGGCGAUCUUGCUAGCUGGUGGUCCCUCGACUGGGAAGACUGCGUUGGCGUUGGCGAUCUCGCAGGAGCUUGGCCCUAAAGUGCCCUUCUGCCCGCUGGUCGGCAGCGAGUUGUACUCUGUAGAGGUGAAAAAAACAGAGGCGCUGAUGGAGAACUUCCGGAGGGCGAUUGGCCUCAGGAUCAAAGAGACGAAGGAAGUGUACGAGGGUGAAGUCACAGAGUUGACUCCAGAGGACGCGGAAAACCCGCUUGGAGGGUACGGGAAGACGAUCUCGCACGUUAUCGUCGGGCUGAAGUCCGCAAAGGGUACCAAGACGCUGAGACUGGACCCAACGAUCUACGAGAGCAUCCAAAGGGAGAAAGUAAACGUUGGUGACGUGAUCUACAUCGAAUCUAACACGGGCGCCGUUAAGCGUGUGGGCAGAUCCGACGCGUACGCGACAGAGUUCGACCUUGAGACCGAGGAGUACGUGCCGCUGCCCAAGGGUGAGGUCCACAAGAAGAAGGAAAUCGUUCAGGACGUUACGCUGCACGAUUUGGACAUCGCCAACGCGAGACCUCAAGGAGGGCAGGACGUCGUGUCCAUGAUGGGACAGUUGUUGAAACCAAAGAAGACGGAGAUCACGGAGAAGUUGAGACUCGAGGUCAACAAAGUCGUCGCAAAGUACAUCGACCAAGGUGUCGCAGAACUCGUUCCGGGGGUCCUCUUCAUCGACGAGGUCAACAUGUUAGACAUCGAGAUCUUCACAUACUUGAACAGAGCGCUAGAAUCGAACAUCGCACCCGUCGUCGUCCUGGCGUCGAAUAGAGGCAUGACUACGGUCCGCGGUACAGAGGACGUCAUAUCGCCACACGGUGUACCACCAGAUCUAAUCGACAGAUUGUUGAUUGUAAGGACACUGCCUUACAACAGAGACGAGAUCAGGGCCAUCAUCGAAAGGAAAUCAAAAGUCGAAAACUUAGUCGUGGCUGUUGAGGCGCUGGAUCUCCUCGCCGACAUGGGCGUCGAGAUGUCGCUUCGGUACGUGCUCCAAUUGCUCACUCCCGCGGGUAUACUGGCCCAGACUGCCAACCGUAACGAAAUCCUCGUCAGCGACGUCGAAGAGGCCAAGAUGUUGUUCUUGGAUGCCAAGAGGUCCACUAAGAUACUGGAGAACACGAGCAACUACUUAUGA